UCUCUGCUUCCACCAUACACCUUCUUAAUACUCUUACAUUAUGAUGCAACAAUUCGCCGGUGGUAUCGAUAAACCGUUUCGCUUGUGAAGUAGAUAAUCUAGCCAUAUUAUGAAGCUAGUAAGAUUUUUGAUGAAACUCAGUCAUGAGACUGUAACGAUAGAAUUAAAAAAUGGCACUCAAGUCACCGGCACAAUUACAGGUGUUGAUGUUGCCAUGAACACACAUUUAAAAACAGUAAAAAUGACAAUAAAAAAUCGUGAACCAAUACAACUGGAAACCCUUAGUUUACGGGGAAAUAAUAUAAGAUAUUAUAUUUUGCCUGAUUCAUUACCAUUAGAAACAUUACUAAUUGAUGAUACACCAAAGGCUAAAGCUAAGAAGAAAGAAGCUGCAAGAGGUGCUGCCCGUGGUAGAGGACGCGGCGCCAGGGGCGGUAGAGGUGGCAGGGGUGGACGAGGUAGAGGGAGAGGCAGGCGAUAAUAACAUU